CGGAGCACUCGACCACUUCUCUCGCUAUAUCGAAUGCACGUACAUUGGGGUUAAAGCAGGUACUACAAUGACACCAUUCAGGGUAUUAUGUGCUGAUAUCAAUGAAAUGAAAAGAUGGAAACGAUCAGUUUACGAUUUAUGGACAUGCAUGAAGAGACAUCAAUGAAGCUUUCGGUCUUCAAAUAUUACACUGACACAUGUUGACGUGACUAUAUGAAUUUAAGUCAGCUGUACUUGUAUCACAUGAACUGAUUUACGCAUUGAUGAUAUGCAGCGUGCAGGGAUAGCGGAUCCAUACAAGUAUACAGAGGGUUUAUCCUGAUCGUUGGUAUGCAGAUAAAUGAUAAUCAUCUUACGACAAUUAUCAACAUGGAUCGUAUAAUUAUGACUCUACUACAGACGCUGGAAACUAUAGUUUGAGCAAGGACUGAAAAUAAGAGUGUUUUAGAUUCCUUUUUUAAUUAUUGUGUACUCACAAGUUGAAGUUAAGAAGAUGACGAGCUCUGUGACGAUGGGCGUUGCCGUGGUAACCGCAUCUUUGAUGGUGCUGGUGGUGAUGAUGUUGAUCGUCUGCAAGGAAGAUACGAUGGUGAGAGAACCUGGCACACGACGAGAUUUCUUCGCUGCCGAUCAGUAUAGAUUCCCUGGCAGCAGACAGCGUGGAGAGGAAGGAACGUCGUAUGUCAAGUUAACAGUCAACACAUCCACGGUCCUCAGAACCGUCGACGACCGUUUCGUAUCAGUGGGGCGACAAUGGGCAGCUUCAAUCGCACACUUGGACAACUCUUCAAUUCGACUCGUUUUUGGACGGUAGCCCGCGGCCUUUCUCCUGCUCUCUAUCGUAUGGGCGGUGCCGAAGCUGAUUUCACAUACUUCGACGCGCAUAGCACUCGUGAUGAAUGUGCAGUAAACAGGGACCUCAAUGGAAAAGGAAAAUUAAAAGAUUAUGGAAAACUGAAAUUUUUUAAUCAGACACUUUGUGCACACACUUGGGAUAAUAUCAACGAGUUUGCUCGAUCUGUCGGAUGGGAAAUUUUAUAUUGUCUCAAUGCUCUGACUCGAAACGAAACCUCUUGGGACCCGACCAAUGCUCUUGAACUGAUCAACUAUACUAGACAGAGAGGGUAUCCAGUUCUAUGGGGCCUGGGAAACGAGCCUAACGGUUUUCCAAGGAAGGCCAAUGUUACGGUGACAGGUACCCAGAUGGCCGAUGCCUUCCACACCCUCAGGAAGGCGGUUACCCAACUACCCGACCAUUCGGAUAUCAUUCUAGUCGGACCGGAUACCUCAGCUCCUAUUAAAAAGAUUAAAAGAAGAAAGGAAACAUGCUUACAGGAACUGAAAAUUAUCUCAAUGAGCAAGUUCCUACAAGAAGUCGGGAAUGCAACCAAUAUAACCUCGUUCCAUUUCUACUACACCAGCGGUAGAACUGCAGGGUUUGAAAACAUGACGGAUCCUCGCGUUGCCGAUUUACUGAUUCCAAAUAUAAAGAACGUCCGGCAGUCGGUGGCGGAUUACGGAUCUGCAUAUAAUUCCAAGAUAUGGAUCUCAGAAUCUGGUCUGACAUUUGGUGGUGGUCCGUCGGGAUUGAAUGAUAACUACAUCACCGGAAUGCUAUUGCUGGAUAAGCUUGGUAUAUCAGCCCGUCUUGGUGUGGAUCUGAUAGUCCAGCAAGGAUUGCUAGGAAGAACAGGAGGACUCAUCGAUGGUACAUACACUCCACGUCUGCCAUAUUGGUUGUUGUUAUACCACAAGAGGCUCAUGGGAACUCGGGUGUUAGACGUCUCCAAAGUCGUUUCUACAAGCACUAAGACCUCACAACACAACGAGCCUUUUGACUUUUCAAGUUACGUUCGGAUAUAUGCCCAUUGUACGAAGACGAGCACCUCGUAUCAUCCCGGCUCGGUGACGCUGAUGAUUAUUAACAUGAUACCCAUCUUUGAGGUUCAAAUUCAACUAGAGGAACCUCUCCUGAAUACCACCAUCCAUGAAUACCUCUUCAUGCCACUGGGUGCUCAAGGCAUACUGUCACCUCAUGGCAAGCUAAACGGUCGGCGACUGAAGAUGGAUAACGACCUGACCCUUCCCGACUACCCACCCUUGGAGAAGCCCCUGGAAGCAUCAUCGUGUUACCCCUACAAUCCUACGGCUUUUAUGUGCUUCCACAUGCCCAGGCACCAGCAUGCCAAUGAUCAUUAUGCUCUCAGGACAUUCAAAGACUCUCGAUUGAGAUUCAAAUAUUAAUUUUGUUAUACUUCAAGGUGCUCUCAGUGACUCAAAGGGGGUGGUCUUUAUGGUGAAAGUGAUGGUAAUAAUUAGUGUGCUAUGUUGCAUUGAUGAUUGAGUUAUUAAAGAAACCUCAAAAGUUUAAUAUUGGACAGUUGCAUGGUCGUCAACGCCUAUCCGUUAUAUAACCCCCCCCCCCCAAAAAAAAAAAAAAAAAAAAAAAAA